AUGGGCUUAAUUCAACUGGAGAAAUGGCUUUAUUUCAAGCUGAUUAUAUUAGAUUUAUUUUCGGAGUUUCAGCUGGAGCGAUUUAAUCUAUUUAUAAACGACUGAAAGUUGAGAUUUAAUGGGCUAAUCAUCCAGAUUGAUCAGUAUUCACAAAGUGUGGUUGAUGGCCAAAUGAAUGUGAUUAUAGGAGUUUUGGAUGUUUUUAUUGAGAAUUCGUUUAUUAUGCACUUUGAGAUUUAUUUGCUUUUUUAA